CAAACAAGCGAAGGAUAUGGAUGCAAUGGAGCAAAGUAUUUUUGUGCAUGAUGAACCAAAAAGUUCAUCUUCAAAGAGGUUGCAGGACAAAGUUGCUGUCAUAACUGGGGGUGCAAGAGGGAUCGGAGCUGCAACGGCAAAAGUCUUCGCCGGAGACGGGGCUCACGUCGUCAUUGCUGACAUACUUGAUGACUUGGGCACGGAACUUGCCAACUCCAUAGGAGGCCUUUACAUACACUGUGACGUAGCGAAGGAAGCAGAUGUGGAAUCUGCCGUGAAGCUGGCACUUGCAUGGAAAGGCAAACUAGACAUUAUGUUCAACAACGCCGGUAUUGGUGGCUUCGGAGGCAGCAUAACCGCGAUGGACAUGGAGCAGCUGAAGCAGUUGCUUUCGAUCAACCUGCACGGGAUGGUGCAUGGAGUGAAGCAUGCUGCUCGAGCCAUGAUUGGAGGGCAUAUCAAAGGAUCCAUCAUAUGCACAACGAGCUCUGCGGCCAUCAUGGGAGGCCUGGCAGCUCACGCCUAUUCAUUGUCAAAAGCUGCCGUGAUCGGACUGGUGAGAACGACGGCGUGUGAGUUGGGCGCGCACAGAAUUCGAGUGAAUUGCAUUUCACCUCAUGGAGUGCCUUCAGAGAUGCUGGUGGCUGCAUACAGACAUCUUAUGGGAAAUGCAGAUCUAAGUAUCGAAGAAAUAAGUAAAAUCAUCGGGGAAAGAGGAAGCUUGUUGCAUGGCAGAGCUGGGAGAGUAGAAGACAUAGCGAACGCCGCCCUCUUCCUGGCCAGUGAAGAGGCCGGAUUCAUUACCGGACAUAAUCUUGUUGUUGACGGGGGAUACACUUCGGCCACCACCAACUUAAGUUUAAUGUACAAUUAGUGAUGAAAAAAAAAAUGUAAUCACCAGG